GGACCGCCCAGUGCAGGUCCCUCUACUUCAGUCUGUGUUUCCACACAUCCUACCUAUGCCGCGGUCACCGCGUGGAGCAGCAUGUAUUGCUCGUCAGAGCCCUGGCCGCGCUGAACGACCAGGGCUUCUGCACGAGUGAGCCUCCUCCUCCUCCUCUCCAAAAAAUUGGCAUUUGCGCUCAAAGGCCAUGGCACGGCGGCGCUGGCACCCCGAGCCUUCAUGGAGCCGGCGCGGCGGAAGCUUGCGCCGCAGUCGCGACAGGCAGAGGAGGCCAGUGGCGAGGCAUGCGGAGAGGACGUUCGUGACCGCAGCACAGAUACCCUGGACGCUACGAGCAAGGCCCGCCGCGCACCGCUCGCGGCCGUCGCUGCCGCGCGCAGCCUGGUGAAGCGGCGCGGCAAUGAUCUGAUGUGGAUUUCCGUGGUGCUGGGCAGCGAGAUGCUCGGCUACGUGUACGUCACCAGCGAGUUGUUGCAACCAGAUGGCGUUCAGGUCCGAUGGGCGAGCCUGCUGUGCCAGGCCCUGCUCGCGCUCAUGAUGGCCAGUUGGGCCGGCGUUAAAUACCACGGCCCAGGCAUGGUGCCGCCCAGCGGCGCGUCCAAAGUACCAGACGCCGUUGCGCGGGCGCUCAAGGCUGGCAAGUUUUGCGAGAGCCACCCCUUCGAUGCCCGAGACAGCUGGUGCCCGAAGUGCGAUCAUUGGAAGCCUGUCUGGGCUCACCACUGCAGCGUUUGCAACAGAUGCAGCAUGUGGAUGGACCACCACUGCCACUUCACCGGGGAGUGCAUCGGUUUCCGGAAUUUCAGGUGUUUCUUGGUGUGGUUGUUCUACACAUUGAUGCUCCUCCUCGCAUUGGUGACGGUGGCAAUACGCGCGCUUAUUGUCUGUCCACCAGCUGGGAAUUGGGCAUGGGCCCGUUUUGCUGCGUUUGUGGCAUUCAUGCUCAUGUUCCUCCAGCACGCGGUGAGUUACUUCAUGUAUUCGGUCAGAAAAGUGAUCCAGCUGCUUGCGGCAAGUGCUACCAUCGCUCCAGCCCAAUAUUCGUGGCGGAUUACCGGUUGGCACUCAAUGGUGACAUGGGAGAAGUUCAGGGCUGUUGUUAUUGAGUACACGGAUCAGGCAAUGUCGAGGAUUAAGUCCCAGCAGCGCAUCAUCUCGCAUGCACAGUUGACAGACCCCCAGGCGUUUUUGGAGGCGAGGGCCGCGAACGGGGCAUUGCAUGUCUACAUCCAGGAGUUACAGCGGUGCCGCGACCGCUUACUAAACGCGGAUGGCACAUUACGUGGACUUUUCUCGGCGGGCGACCCCGUCAGCAGCUUGUCCGCGAUCUUUGGUGAGCCUCUCUCUUGGCGUUGGAUUUUGCCGCUGCGGCCACGCAUGUCGGGCGACCCCUUCACGCCAGGCUCCUACGAUGAGGACGCGUGCGCCGCCUGGGAGGCUCUGGCGGACUGCCUCGAGGAUGGGGAAGUUCGACGCAGCCAUGAUUGAGCGAGUCAAGGUCAAGGAGCGGAUGGCCGAAGCCGCCGCCCAGAGGGCUGCGGAGGCUGAGGCUGCGUGGAACGACCGCGUGGCCGCUAUGUUGGCGAACGCCGAGCGGACGACGCAAGGCAGAGGUGGCAUUUGAUGGUCUUGCCAGCCAUGAAAGAGUUCGCCACCCUCUGUGGACAUUAAAG